UACCAACUUCCAGUUUCCUGAUCUCUCUAUUUUCACUGUACAUGGUAACUUACAGUGUUCUUGUAAAUAGGUGCAAUUACUAUACAACCUCUUAUUGUUUGGCUGUUACUGUUCAGACAUGUAUGUUUGGAAUCUCGCCGCAUUUAUGUGCUGUGUGAUGUUCGCUUUAGGGUUAACGGGAGACAGGCGCAUGCGGAAGAGACGCAACACGUGUGAUCAUGGGACUUACCAGCAUGAGGGAAUCACUUGCUGCCUUUGUCCAAGAGGUUACCGAGUCUUGAAUGACUGCACAGGUCAAAGAAAGACAAAUUGUACUCUGUGUGAGUCGGAGACCUAUUCGGACCACCCGAACAAUGAUUACAAAUGCCAGCCUUGUAAAAUAUGCGAUUCUAGCGCUAAAAUGGAGGACAAAGAGAGAUGUUCGCCGUUCAACAACACUGUCUGCCGGUGUCAGAAGGACUAUUACUGUCCCCAGGGUGACCAGUGUAGGAUCUGUAAGCCUUGUGACAUGUGUACAGAAGUGGAAACAAAAUGCACAGAAACCAACAAUACAGUGUGUAAAGAUACAACAACGUCAAAUGGGAUCAUUGCAGCUGCUGUUUUGGUUCCGUUAUUCAUAAUCGUAGUGGUUCUCUUAUAUUUUUGGAAACAAAAAAAGGACAAAAAGAGAAGAGACAAAGUGCCUAAGGAAGAGGUACCCCUGAAAGAUUUGGACCUGAACCCUUACCUGUCAGAAAUUGCUGAUCAUCUGGGCUGGAAAGUGAUGAAACGUGUUGCCCUGCACAGUGGCAUGAAUAAAGCUGUUAUUGACAAUCACGAGUGUAACCACCCUAAUGAUGCGAGAGAACAGACCUAUGGACUUCUGCAGGAGUGGUCCCAAAAACAAGGUUUAUAUGAAGCCUACCCAGCUCUCAUCAGAAAUCUUCAUGCCAUAAAUGAAAGAAGAACAGCAGAUGAGAUAAAGAAAAUUGUUGAAAAAGCUCAGCCAUAGACUGCACAAGAGAUGUACUUCAUUUUUAGCAUUGAGUAUUGCACUUUACUGUGUCAAAUUUUAAUUAUAAAUAACAGACAUAUUGUUCGUUUUAAAGGUUGUAUCAGCGAUUGUGGGUAACGUCACUUCUGUUUGUGUUUGAAGCAAGAUCCCAAACAAAACAAGUUAGCUCGCCCCUCUCUCCUGUUUCGUGCAUCAUGAAAAAAAACAUCAUGUACGUGCUUUUCUUAAAGCGACAAAAACACACUAUUUUCAGAUUGAUGUCUACCUCAAUGAUGGCUCAUUCGGUGAACUGUAAAAUGUGAACUAGGCUGCUUUGGAUUACAAAGCAUAAUGAUGUAUAUAAACAUCAUUUGGCUACAAUGUUGCGGCUACAAGUAGAAGCAACUCACACACUAAAUCCCUACAAUCUGAUAUUCGCUAAAGCUAUCCAAGUUUAGUCGAGCUUCACUCAUAUUUUUUUUUAAGAAUUAUAUUUUCACACACAUCUCACAUACAAAAAAGUCAGCACUAGAAGCUACUCCUGUCAAGAAGAAACGGUGCAACCUCGGCCACCGAUUUAAAAAUGUUCAAUUCUUUGAGUUCUCUCCAACGUUUAAAAGCCUUCCCGAUUAUUAUUGUUUCUUUUUAACGAAAAACGACGGUAUUUCCUCGCCCUAAUUUUUGUUUGGGCUUGAAAUCACUGAUACAACCUUUAAGUUUCAUAUUGAGAAAUGUGUUCUGUAUGAAAACACCAUGAGAAAACACCUGGUUUAUUAUAGGAUGCCCCAAAAUAGGUCAGUUUAGACAAUUUGCAAACAGAAAGUCAAACAAUCAGAAUAAUUCAGUCUUUCAUUCAAUUUCAGUUUCAUUUCUUUUUCACUCAGUAAACCUCCAGCCUGACUUUAUUAACUUGUAAGUUAACUGUUUUAAUUAUGUUUAUCAUAGGUAGGCUUUCAGAAUUGAUUAUAUCUUUGUUUACAAUGUUACAGUCUGAAUAUGCACUGUAAAAAAAAAAGUUGAGAACUUAAGUUUAAGGCAACCAGCUGCAGAACAUUUUUGAGUUUUCUCAACUUAGGGUCAUCAUUAUUUCUACAAACUUUUUCAUGUUAAAUAGUUGAAUAAACAAAAUG